CUUCCUUCGAUCACGUUUUCCAGCCAACUCUUCCGGCGACAUUGCAUCGAUGCAUGCUUCGUUUUCUUCCACCAGAGCUCCAAAGCCAUUCUCUCUCUCUCUCUCUCUCUCUCUCUCUCUCUCUCUCUCUCUCUCUCUCUAGCCGUUGGUUCCUUGCUUCCGCGAAUCGCUAACUGUAACGCUUGAGAAUUUAUGGCUUCAGUCGCUAACGCUGGUGCGGAAGCAACAACUUUCUUCAGUUACUCUCAGCUUCGGUGAAGAUUUCUCGGUACGUUUCGUGAGCUCAGUUCGAAACGUUGAGUAGUUAAGAGCCACAUUGCUGUUCUAAAAAAAAAAAGAGGCGAAGACGUUGUUUCUGCGAGAUCGGUUUAAAGGUGAAUGGAGCAGAGCGAAACGGCUUUGGAUCUAGCUCCGAGGAAAUUGGUGAGGCAGUUGGAUUUCACAGCACACCUGAAACUGCCGCCGACUCCGCCGCCGCAGUCGCUGGCACAGGCGAUUCCGCGAACGCCAUCACGAUCACCGUUGCAAUUGCAAUUGACUCUGCAUCCGCUAGGGCAACAGCAACAACAACAGCAACAACCGCAGCCGUGGUUGUUUUCGCAGGGACAGCAGCUGAGAGCGCCGCCGCAGUCGCCAGCAGUGCGGCAGCAAAAGCUUUCGCCGGUUCCUCGAAUUCCGUACACUGUGCAGAAGCUUCCGGUAAAGGCGUUCAAAGUGUCGAAGCAGGAGUCUCCCAGUCCCAGGUCACAACCUUGGCAUAAUGUUGAAUUAAAAGACAGCACUCCAAAGAAAUCAAAACAAUGUAACUGCAAAAAUUCUCGAUGCCUCAAAUUGUACUGUGAAUGCUUUGCAUCUGGGAUGUAUUGUGAUGGUUGCAAUUGUACAAAUUGUCAAAACAAUGUGGAUAAUGAGGCAGCCAGACAGGAGGCUGUUGGACUAACAUUAGAGCGCAAUCCAAAUGCUUUCAGACCAAAAAUUGCUAGCAGUCCACAAGAAACUCGAGAUUCCAAGGAAGAUGUGUCUGAAAUUCAAUUAGUUGGAAAGCACAAUAAAGGAUGUCACUGUAAAAAAUCAGGUUGCCUUAAGAAGUAUUGUGAGUGCUUCCAAGCCAAUAUCCUCUGCUCUGAAAAUUGCAAAUGCAUGGACUGCAAGAAUUUUGAAGGAAGUAAUGAAAGAAGAGCAAGUUUUCAUGAAGAGUGUAAUAUGUUUCACAUCAAACAGGAAGCAAAUGCUGCCAUCAGUGGAGCAGUUGGUUCCUCUGGCUACGGGACUGGAAUUGCCAUAACACCCAAGAAAAGAAAAAUUCAGGAAAUAUUUUCUAGCAAAUCGUCGAUAGAUAAAACUGUUUGCCAAACAACUCAAUAUCAACAGGAAACUGAUCCUAUAGUUACACCAUCGACAUCUCAGUCAACUGCCUUUUAUGUUGACACUGCCAACACUAGAAAUUCAGGUUAUUCAAGAUCUACAUACAGGUCACCAUUGGCGGAUGUCCUCCAGCCACAAAAUGUGAAGAAUCUCUGUUCACUUUUUGUUGUUCUCUCAGGAGUAGCUGCCAAAACAAAUGCAGAAAUGAGAGCCAAAGUAGGCCAGAACGUUGAUGCUGGGAAAUUUAAAUCUUCUAUUCCUUCAUCAACUCGGUUGCUGCAAGACAGGGAAGAUGUCCGCAAGUUUGUAUGUGAUGAUCGUAAAGAUGAAGUAGAUAGAGUUGAUAUUGACUGUUAUAAUAGGCCACUUUCACCAGAAACCCUAUCACUGAUGUGUGAUGAACAAGAUGAGGUGUUUUUCAAUAAUGGUUCUGCAAAUAGAGUGGCAUGCAACAAUUUUCAAAGUAUUGUUCAAAAGUCAUCUACUUCUGAUCGAUGCCCUGAUGUGUAUGAGGAGCAAGAAAGGGUUGUACUCACAAAGUUCUGGGAUGUUUUACGUGGACUCAUUACUGUUGGAAGCAUAAAAGAAACAAUGUGCUCUUCAUUAGCCAAGAAAGAUGGGGGAAGCGAGGAAGAACCUGCAGCCAACAGUAAUGGUGCUGAAGUUGAUAUAGGGAGUGAAAAGAAGGAAACUCCCAGCAACUGUGUUGCAAGGUGCCCCAUCUCAUCAUCGGCCAUUGAAAUAUCUCAGAAAAAGCAUGCAAUGAUCAAUGGCAAUGGUGAUCUUGAUCUCUCCUUAAGGUUUGCUUGCCAAUUUUAUGGAAGGGAAUGAUAGAAUGUUUCCUUAUGUGAAAUCUCAGCUGAGUGGUAAUGGAAACAAUGUUUGAUUGAUGUGCAUAAUUGGAUGAAGUUGAUGUUAACUGUUAAGCACACAUAAAAAAAGGAAAGGAAAUUUUUGCAGUUAUACCGACAGUGAAUUCCAUGCAAUGCAAGUAUGCAACCGUGUAAAAUUUACAAAAUUAAGUGCGCCGGGAUUUAUUUAAUUAAUUUGAUCUCUCAAACUUGCACGGAAGUGUCAAAUUAGUUGGAGAGUGACCAAAACUUCUUGUUUUGAGGAACCUGGUUAAUAAGAAGAAUGUGACUUUGGGGAUCAAACUAGAUGAGUUUUACUCAUAAACAGUUCUAAGAAAUUUUUGUUUACCGCUUAACCAUCAUGUUAGUCCUCAUUUCCUUCUUUGUUUCUUUCUCCGU